UCCGAGAUCGUUACUGGUCCGUGCAUUCAAUUGCCCUUGGUUGGAUUGGUUUGAGACGCGAUUCCAAAGCGAAUAUCGCGUCUUAUCGAAGCGUUCAAGCACUGUUUAUCAACUUAAUCUGUCUAAAGGGCUAAUUAAUCAACCCAACCCAGUUAGACGUCAAUUAAGGGGGCAGCCUUGCGGUGUUUCUCAACGCAUGCCUCGUUCAACAUCUCAAAUGGUUACUGUGACUUUACCAUUGUAAACACAAACAACCAAACAAACAACAAUGGCCCGCUACUCUAUCCCAACAAAAGCCAGGCUUCCGUCAUCAUUACGAGUUGAUGCAUCUAAUCCUGCUGUUGUCAAGAGUCUCAAUAGACUCUCACGAGAGUCUCUUAUUUCCCUGGCACUAGACUGGCUUGACGAUGAGAGUCUCCCGAAUUCUAUUCCUUACAUUGAGAGGAGGGAUGAAGACGACGAUGAAGAAAAUGACGAUCUUUACCCUCCCUGUCAAACUAUUGACGAAUUACAACAACUUUAUUUCGAUAUGCAGCAACAAAAAGGGUCAAAAAGAGAUGUUGUCAGCCGUAUUGUUGAGGGCGAUUGGAGACUUGGCCUGACAUUAUUUCAACUAGCCAUGGCCGAUAUGGCCUAUUUCGAACAGAACCCAACAUCUCAAAAAUGGUCAGCCUAUCAGAUUCUGCCUCUUAAGCAGCCUUCUCAAGAUGCCGGCGAGGACCAGGUGCUCAGAGUCGACCAAGAAAGUUUGACAAUACCUCGGUUUCAUCCAUCAACGUUUCUCCAAAACCUUCAAACCCAUGUGCUACCUGACGUCAAGGCACAUUAUCACUUUCACCGACCUACAGCCAUACCUGUUCUACUACUGCGCAUUUUCGUCAUAGAUUCGCCCUACAACACGGACUUUGCUCUUUCAAGUCGGAACCCAAAUGGCACAGCAACAAACUUCGACUCUUCAAGGACAGUGUACAUUGCGUUUCCCGAUGGAUCACCUGCUUUGUACAUUACGAAAUCGCAAGCUACAGGCAACAGUGGCUCAGGAGAGUCUAAGAGUUUACAUAGCUUAAUCGUGGAUGGGGUACCCAAGGCUCUCUCACGCCCACGUGAACGAUACACUCUCAAAUCAGGAAACCUUCAAAGCAAGAACUUGGAUGCACUUCUAGAAAAGAAGGGAUCUGGACGCACAAACUCCGCAGGAGGUGGCUGGAGCAUCUACUCCAAUGAGGCCACAAAGAUAUCUCCAUUGGAUACCGUUAUUCCAACUCCACCACUAUCUCGAGAAUCAUCGUCCUCAAGUCUCAGCCUCAAGCGGGGAGUGUCAUUCACUGAAUCUGAACGAGUUGCAAAGAAAUCGAAAUUGGUUGCCAAGGCUCGGUUCGGCGAUUCGGGUUUUGUCACGGAUGGUAAAGGAGUGGAAAAGGUUGACAUCAUCAUACAGGAUCCAUUUCCUUCUACAAGUGAAGAUACUGGCGAUACAGAAGAGAAUGAAGAUGACGCCACGGCAGGGAGCAAGAAUCGACGAAAGAGCAAGAUUACGGCCGUUAUUCGAGAGGCGAAUAUCACAGCAGAAGAAGACAACGACGAUACCAUCUCUUCAGAUCGAUGGACACCAACUAUCAAAGUUACAUUUUCUGGAACACAUGUAUGGGCUGGCGUACGGCAACUUGUAGAGGCUGGCAUAAUAGAUGGAGAGCGGAUGCCGGGGUGGAUGACAGGAGAAGAGGGAGUAACAACAGGACUUGUGAGGCAUGGAAGAAUACGUGGAUACAAGGGCUCAGGGAUGUGAAACAAAUGUUGGAUCUAUAACGGCGCAUGGUCUAUGUCUUUCUUCUCUAUUUGAUACCCCCAUGACAACAUGACUGAUCAGCCAAUUCUUAGCUCUCUUCAAGUCCGAAAACUGUCACUGUGUUCUUCCAUGCGGCUUCACAAACUUCCUCGAUACUAACUCCCUUGAUACCUGCGAUGAUCUUGGCGACACGCUCGAUAUUGCAGGGUUCGUUGCGCCCCUUCACCAUGGCUCCCUCUUCCCACUUCUCCUUCUUGACAGUCUUGUAUCGUUCCGGGACCUCCGGCUCUUUCUUCUGGUUCUUCUUCGACUGCUUUUGCGGUUUUUGUGCAGAUUCAGCGGUAGCAGCAGUCCCACUCUGUUGGUUCUCGGAAUUAGGCGUCUCUUUCUUCUCGAUCAGAUACUUGUAGCCCUCGUGGCUUGGUCGCACCUCACACCAUGGUCCAUCGGUCUCAAUCAUAAGACGGUCGAGGUGAACUUCCUUGACAACAGCGCAGUUCUCUACAGUCUUGAAGCUGCAUCCAUUGAUACCAAUGUAUAGACCCAAGUCCAUCAACUCGCGCAUCUCCUCAGCUGUGCCAGUGAAACUAUGCACUACGCCGCCCUUCUCCAACUUCUCUAGCUUCUCACCAAAAGCCUCCUUCAGAAGCCGAACAAAGUCAUUGUGGGCCGCGCGAGAGUGGAGGAACAAGGGGAGCUGAGGAGAUAUCGACGCAGCAACCUGGAGCUGAGCUGCGAAGGAAUGGAGCUGGAUGCUCUUCGAGCAGUAAUGCAGUCGAUCAUAGUCAAGCCCAAACUCACCCAUAGCCACAAGGCUCUUCUGACCUGAUGCUUGGGCCUCUUUCACCAAAGAAGUCAAGUCUCUGAUGAGUUUACCAGUCUUUGUUGGGCAAGGGGGGUGCUCUUCCGAGACUGGAGCUGAAGGAUCGGGAUCACAUGGUGUUGUGUGCUCAGACUCGUGAGAAGGACCCGCUUCACUGAAGACGGAGCUGCUACAGGGAUGAAUGCCUGCAGUCCCGAAGAUAGUUCCGGCUGUGGGUGAUGUUAGUCUUGUUAUCAGAUUGAUAAACAGGGGUGAGACUCACCAUACUCUCUGGCAAGGGUUAGGGCAUCUCGAGAGUUGCCAAGGUCUGAGCCGGUCACUAUAAGUUUUGUACAACCAACUUCACGGGCUCUUCCGAUAAUAGCAUCGAGAUCGUCGGGGUGUCGCUCUUUGCCGUGGUAUUUGCCUCGGAAGAUGGGAUCGGUCAAGUUGAUGCCAAUCUACUAGUAACGCUAUGUGUUAACGGGAUCUGAUAUUGGAUGUAUAUUGGGUGAUUGACAUACAUCGAUGUAUCUAGGUUUGUAACUGG